AUGAACCCGGGCAGAGCCCUGGCCGCGAGGCUGGCGAAAAGCUCUCACCCUCCACGACUGGUAGCGCCCACCAAUCGGGACAAAGUGUGGCGAGACAGCGAACUACGGGAUCUACAUCAGACAAGGAUGAUCGUCGCCACAGCCGCGGAGCUGAACGGCGGCUGGAGCCAACGAGCGUCGUCGCCGCAGAUGCAGCCGUCGCUGGAGGUGAUGGGCCUCGUGGCUCUGGCACCGGUGACGCCGGAGUUUCUCGUCCUGGAUCGCCACGCCCUCCCAGCCAGAAGAGCCUCUCGCAGGUACGACUCCUCCGCCUCGGUCGGGCCUUUCGGCGGCACCUGCACAGAUUUUAGAUCCGGCAAAGGCUCCAGCUUCGACAAAGGCUUCACCCCCAGCAAGGGCUCUAACUCCAGCAGAGGCCUCACCCCCAGCAGAGGCACCACUACCAGCAAAGGCUUCAACAACAGCAACGGCACCGGCGCCACGACGACCCCAACCGCCUUCAUCUGCCUUCGUAUCCACAUCACCACGCCCUUCGAUUGGCUCGAGCUCCUUCAAGCCACCGAGGCCUUCAUGGUGCUCCAACAAAUGGAACUGCGUAGCUUCGUCUUGAUGGCGGACCUGAACGGUGUCCAUGAUCGCCUGCACCCGCUCAUGACCAGGGAGGGCAUGGAAGCCGCGCCUGCUCGUGCGGGCCGUUUCCGCCGCGCCGUCGUGGACAAGCACAUUGAAUUCUUCGGCCCCUUGCGCAUCGAUCAUCUGUCCCUCGUGCUCGAGGUCAUGAGGGAGAAGCUGGAUGGGCUGUGGGAGGUUGGCCGCCGGGCUGUCAGGGAGCCCGAAUGGAUCGAGGAAAGAUACGCGCGGCACGCCCGGUACGCCAUGGUGUAG